GGGAAAGAGCCGCGAUCCCACCGCGCCUGCGCGAUGCGAGGAAGCGGAAAAAAGAAGGGAAAGAAAAAAAAUAGAAUUUCCUUAAAAAUGAAGAGGGAAGAGUCGAUUCGGGAGGGGUCGCGGAUGGUCUCGCGGACGAAUGAACUGGGCCUUCCCCUCCCCCCGACCAGGCCCUCAGGAGGAGUUGGACUACAACGCCCAGAAUCCACAGCCGGCUGGAGGAAGCUUUGGGGAGUUGCAUUGGAAUGCAUCACCCCCUGGAAGGGGCUGCUCCCCGAGGAUGAGGAUGCUCAGAUGCCUUUGAGUCCCAGCGGGGUGAUUUGCAAAAAAAAGAAAAAGAAAAAGACUAUAGAGGGCUUGGAUAACCUCGGGAUGGGAGACCACGAGGAAAUCCCGCAAAAGAGAAAGGAUGGCAGCCUGUUCAUGCCUGAGGAGCGUGUUCGAAUUCGAAACGAACAGAGUGGUGCGCAUCUACAGUGUUUGGUACGGGAGCCUAAAGUCGAUAAUCCAUUUUAUGGUUUUCCUGUAUGUUAGCAUCGUCCUGUUGGCUGAUCGACGCUACCAGAAGAAAGAUUCGGUCAUCAGCUCGAUGCAUGUGAAGGUGAAGGGGGUGUCCCAGACUGAGAACAGAGUUUGGGAUACAGCCGAAUAUACCAUCCCUGGGCAGGGUGUGAAUUCCUUUUUUGUGCUGACUAACAUCAUCACCACCGAAAAUCAGACUCAAAGACUUUGCCCCGAGUUUCCUUUUGCCAAAGCAGUAUGUACAACCGACAAAAGCUGCAUGAAAGGUCGAGUGGACCCACAGGGUAAUGGCAUCCAGACGGGCAAGUGUGUGAAAUAUAACAGAACCAUCAACACGUGUGAAGUCUCUGCUUGGUGUCCUGUGGAGUCAACUAAAGCCGCUCCAACGCCAGCCAUUCUGGACAGUGCUGAGAAUUUCACCGUGCUUAUAAAAAACAACAUCCACUUCCCAAAAUUCGAUUAUACAACAACAAAUAUUCCACCGAAAUUUAAUAUUUCCUGUACAUACAACAAGCACAAAGCUCCACUUUGCCCCAUUUUUCGUCUGAGGGACAUUCUUCAAGAGGCAGGAGAGAAGUUUUCAGAGGUGGCCGUUCAGGGAGGCAUCAUUGGCAUUGAAAUUAACUGGGAUUGUAACCUGGACAAAUGGGGCCACCGUUGCAGCCCCAACUACGGUUUCCGGCGCCUGGAUGACAAACGAGCCAAUGAAGCCUUGUACCCUGGCUACAACUUUAGAUUUGCCAGGUAUUACAAGCAGCCGGGUGGAAGGGAGGAAAGGACCCUGAUCAAAGCUUACGGCAUCCGUUUCGACAUCCUCAUCUUUGGCACGGCUGGGAAGUUUGACUUCUUUGAGAUGGUGGUGUACAUUGGAUCAGUGCUCUCCUACUUCGGCCUGGCACAGCUAGCAGUAGAUUGUCUGCUCACUUCUCCUAUGUCCUGCUGUUGCAAACCUGAUCCAGUGAAGGAGUAUUAUUACAAUAAAAAGUGUCAGGAGGUGCUGGGACCAAGAUAUCUGGAAUCUGGACAGACUUUGUUUUACGUGACCUUUGUUGAUGAGCCUGGCAUCCUAAUGAUCGACAAAUUAUCGGAGACCAGUUUGCAGACCAAUGAGGGCAGGAUUAUUGACAAGCACCAAGGCGAUUUUAUGCAGUCUUCCCGACUUCCGUAUUGGGACCGGACCAUCUCCCCGCAAAACCCAGAAGAGCUGCAGCUCCUCCAAAACCGAAGGGAGGGUCCUUCUUGGUGCUGCUGCGGAAAGUGCCGGCCGGCAGAUCUUAUUUGGGAACGGCUCUGCUGCCGAAAAACCGACGGGCCCUGCGUCACCACUUCGCCUUUGUUUGUGCAACUCGUCCUGUCCGAACCCGUGCUGAAGUUCGCUCUCCUCUACAAAGAUCCCUUAUUGGAUGUGACAGGUGCUGGGCGUAAACCCUUCCGGCACUGCGCUUACGAGCAGUAUAUUCGCUGGCGCUUUGGCGAGGGUGACCUGGGUGCCCGGGCUGUGAUCCCCAAUUGUUGCCGGUGGCGAAUCAGAGAUGCCUUUCCAAGCGAGAACGGGGAAUACCGCGGUUUUGGGAAGAAGAAGUAACCGUCGGUUGCACCUCUGUGUUACGGCGUUGAGGGUGGAUACGUUAAGGGUGUGCCAGUUAAUCAGCUUUGCCUCCUGCUUUUCAGAAGUCGCCUUUUGUGGCCCUGCCAUCAUCUUGGCUCUUUAACUAGACAAUGUUUAUACUAUUGGAUAAGGUCUGAGGGGAGCAGAGUUUCGAACCCAGCUCAGCCAUGAAAAUCACCGGAAGGCUUUGUGCCUCCUUUCCCCUGCUUAUCCUUGCCUACCUCACUGGGAUAUCAGGAGAGAGCCAGGAUUGGAAAAAAAACAUUGAAAACGGCCCAGAUUUCUCAUGCUUAGGCAGCCAAACUACGAAUGAACCUGUUUAUUUUUUUCCCCAGAAACACAGCUGUGGUUUACAAGGUGUGAAAGGGCUCCCUUGCUAAUCCAGGUCGUUUUGGUUGGCUGAUCCCAACACAAAGCCACCUUUGUUUAAAAACCUCCCCUUGUUUAUUUU